AGAGGGUAAAAAAAGCUUUAUCAAAUCCUGCCCCAAAAGCAUUAAAUAUAAAUAAAUUAAAUUUUCAUCACUGACGCCGGCGUACAAAUAACACGACCCUAUCGAUCCCCCAAGAACCCCUCUGUUUAUAUAUCAUAACCAAAACGUAAAUAGAUGUAAAGUGUACGCUUUUAAUUUUACUGCCCUUAAAACGAUGCCGUCAACUAUUACUUCGUUGAUCCUUUUACUGGGUGUCCUUGUCCAGGGUAUGCAAAUGGCAGAAACGAAAAAUAAAGUUACUUAUAACUUCCCCGAAUUCCCUUACAAGGAAACUAAGAAGAAUGAAGCCAUAUACAGGGAAGUAGAAAUCGUAUGCGAGAAGGGUUGUCUUGGUAAGUCCGGCCUGUCAAAAGUGACAUGUGUUAGACAGUGCGUAUCCCCGUCUUGCUACAAGGACCUGUACCAGCAAGAUAUGUUUUCCUAUUUUCAGCUGGAAGAGGGUGAAGUGGACGUAAGACUAAACUCGUUCAAAGGUUGUUUUAUUCAACGUUAUAACAAAACCAGACCUUAAACCUAAAUCAGUUAACAGUGUUAUUAUAUUUCGUCUAAUCUAGUACAUUUACUCCCUUUAAAAUAACACGCCACCAUAAUAUCGAUAAAAAAUAAGCGACCAAUGUUGCCGGAAAAACGUGCUUACGGUGGCUAACAAUAAACUGGCUUAUAUUAGAGCAAACAAAUGGCUAAAUCUAUCAAUAGUCUAAGAUAUUUCGAAACGCUGUAAAUACAUAGAUUAUAUGAUUAAAUUUCGAAUUAUAUUUUUUACAUAUUAUUUAUUAGUGACAGCUUGAAAUAAACGUAUCGCAAAUG